CCACCACAAGUUAUCAGCUGCGAAGCUAAGAAUCCAUUCACAGGAAAGACGGCCAAAAUCACCAAAAGCUUUCCAGUAUCAGACGCCAUUGAGGGACCCACAUCGGUGGAGAUCACAGGGACGGACGUGUUAACAGUCGGAGUCCAUUAUACCUACGAGUGUUCUGCAGUAUGCUCUCCAUCUUGCACGUACACGUGGACUGUGAAUGGGCAGCAGAAGCUACACGGGUCAAAGGUCGUAUAUGUUGUCAUGGAUCAACUUGCAGCGCCACAAGUCAUCAACUGCGCGGUUACCAAUCUAGCCACAGGGAAGACGGCCAGCGUGACCAAGACGGUGCCCGUGGCAGAUGGGCCCUUAAACGUCACUAUCUCAGCCCCAGAAAAGUUAGCAGUUGGAGUUGAGAGUACAUUUGUGUGCUCUGCUAUUUGCGACCCUUCGUGUAGCUAUGACUGGUUCAUUGAUCACAAAACAUGGACAAAGGACAGCCGUGAGCUACAAUACACUGCACCAUCAGGCACCAAGUCAACAACGGUGGUUUGCAAGGCUCAAAACACCCUAUCUGGCCUUUUUGUGGAAUCCUCUGUCACCGUCUCAGUAGAAGGAGCUACAUCUGGGGAGAAGCCCAAGAGCAGCCCCACCCAAGAACCAUAUGGGCCUCAGUCAGCAAAGAUCUCUGGUGCGGAUGCGAUCACAGUUGGCGUUUCGUACAAUUUCUCGUGCUCUGCCAAAUGCUAUCCUCCCUGCACGUACACCAUGUCCAUCGACGGGACCUCGGGACACGGAGACUACAUCCUCAUCAGCAUCGGCGGCCCUGCUGCUCCUCAGGUCAUCAGCUGCGUGGCUAAGAAUCCCGCCACCGGGGCGUUCGCCAGCGCCAGCAAGACCGUACGAGUGGCAGACAUAAACGUGGGACCCGAAGAUGUGGAGAUUAAAGGGGUGGAUGUGGUGUCCGCGGGAGUCCCGUGCACCUUCGACUGCUCGGCAGAAUGCUCCCCGGCCUGCGACUACACCUGGAACGUCAACGGGCAGAUCAUCCAGAAAUAUUCUCAGAUCGACGUGAAUGUUCACGAGGGCUCAGUUCCGUGGAAAACACUACCCCUCAGCUGUGAGGUCAGGAAUCCGGCCACUGGGAAGACGGUCACCGUUAGCAAAACGGUGCCAGUAGCAGAUGGACCUUUGAAUGUCAGUAUUGCUGCACACAAAACGCUGGUGAAUGGAGAUGAGUACACAUUUGUGUGUUCUGUCACUUCCUGCCUCCCUUCCUGUGCCUAUAGCUGGAACAUUGGUGACCAAACAUGGGCAAACACCACCAAUGAGCUUCAGUACACAGCACCGUCCAGCACAAAAACCACUGUGACUUGCAAGGCACAAAACACCUUAUCUGGACUUUAUGUGGAAGCCCAUGUCACUUUUUCAUUUUCAGGAGGUGCUGCCAGUCAGGAGCAGGAGACAAUGGAAACCAACAAACCAUAUGGUCCUCAGUUUUUGGAGAUCAUGGGGGAGGAUGUGCUUACAAUAGGACUCGCGUACAGUUUUCUGUGUGCUGCGGUAUGCUACCCACCCUGCACAUACACCUGGAAUGUGAAUGGGAAAAUAUUUCCAGGAAGGUCGAUUGACUAUACGUUUUCAGGACAGUCUCCUCCACCAGAAGUCCUCAACUGUGUGGCUAAGAAUCCGGCCACUGGAAAGACAGCCAGUGUUAACAAAACUGUGCAUGCAUCAGACAUAAUAGAUGGGCCCACCUCUGUGGAAAUCACAGGAGUCGAUGUGGUCACCGUAAAAAUCCCGUCCAGUUUCGAGUGUUACGCUAACUGCUCCCCUGCCUGCGUGUACACCUGGAGUGUUGAAGGGGAGAUGGCAUACGGAAGCAUCUUUGACUUUGUUCUUCCCCAGUUUCUUCCACCACAGGAUCUAACCCAAAACCUUACCCUUGCCCUCAACUGUGAGGCUAAGAACCCAGCCACUGGACAGACUGCCAGCGUUAGCAGGAUGGUGCGAGUGGCAGAGGGGCCGUUAAAUGUCAGUCUCGCUGCACCUCCAAAACUGGUGGUGGGAGCCACAUCCAGGUUCGUCUGCACUGCUUUUUGUUACCCCUCGUGUACUUACGGUUGGGUCAUUGAUGGGCAGCCCUGGGAAACUGGCAGCAACGAACUACAGUUCACGACGCCAGCCGACACUAAAUCGGCUACUGUGAUUUGCAAGGCUCAAAACGUCCUAACUGGUAUUGUUGCAGAAUCCGCCGUCACUGUUUGGGUGGAAGAGGGGCCUAAAUCUGUGGAGAUCGACGGGGUGGAUGUGGUCACGGUGGGUGUGCUAUACACUUUUGAGUGUUUAGCCAACUGCUCCCCACCUUGCACCUACACCUGGAACGUGGCUGGAAAAACAGUGCAAGGAAACAAACUCGACUUUUCUCUCCACGGACUUUCGCCACCACAAGCUCUCACCUGUGAGGCUAAGAAUCCAAUGACUGGAAAGAUGGCCAGCUUUACCAAAACGUUGCAAGUGGCAGAGGGGCCAUUAAAUGUCAGCAUCGCGGCACCGAAAGUGUUGGUGAGUGGAGUGGCGUCCACGUUUGUGUGCUCAGCUGUGUGCUACCCGUCAUGCAACUACAGCUGGUAUGUCGGGGACCAAUCGUGGACCAACUCCCGCACGCUGCGUUACACGCCACCACCCGGGACCACCGUAGCAACCGUGAUUUGUAAAGCACAGAACACUUUAUCUGGCAUGUUUGUGGAAUCUAUCAGCGAUGUUUGGAUGGCACGGGGGCCUACGCACAUAACCAUUAAAGGACCAUCGUCUGUGAUGGUAGGGAACACAUUCUCCUACUACUGCUUUGCUGACUGCGUCCCUGCGUGUAACAUGACAUGGCUUUUCGAAGGGAGAGCCCUCGCCGGGGACAAGGUGACUGUGCCCGUCCUCCAGCGGGGGGAGAGUGUGUUGGGCAGCAGGCUGGUGGUCAGCGUGGAAGACUACGUUCAGACGGAGCUACUGCAGUGCACCGCGGUCAACGCUCUGACUGGCCAGACGGAGUCUGCCGUGAUGGCUGUCAAUGUGACCGAUCCAGUUGCUGUUCAGCCCGUCACUGUGGCACAACCAAGGACAAACACAGUGUAUAUCCUGCACUGUGGUGGAGCAGAGAAAGGAUCCGAUAUUCAGUGGACCAAAAAUGGGGAGGCAUUGUCUGCAAGUGACAGCGUCCAUCUCUCUGACGACAAUGUUUUUCUUAUAUUCAAUCCUCUCCAUCCGUCGGAUACAGGCAAAUAUCAGUGUAUUGUUACAGAGCAAGGAAAAGUAGUCCCUGGAUUCCCAUAUGAGUUGAAUGUCAUUUAUGGGCCAGGAACUCCUGACAUAACAUUAAUCUCUGGCGGAAAAAUAUUGAGACAGACACCGAUUGAUGUCCUCCGCCUUCUCCCAGGAUCCUCUGCAACCUUACACUGCUCCUCUCAGUGCUACCCAGCAUGCACCUACCAGUGGACUGUGGGGGAUAAUGUUGUGUCCACAGAUGCCACUUUCUCCAUCAGGUCAGCUAGUGAGGCUGAUGUGGGUGUCCUCCUCUGUACAGCUUCUAAUCCUGAUGUCCAUACUGUGCUUACAAGCUACACCAGUGCAAGCCUUUCCAUUGAGCUGAUUGAUGGCCCAAAGACGGUCACUAUCACGGGACCAAGCUCAGUGCAAGUAGGUGUGAAGGCCACGUUUGAGUGCUCAGCUGUCUGCACCCCAUCCUGCUUUUACACUUGGGAGGUCUAUGGCAAAACACUGCAUGGCAGUAAGGUGGAUCUCACUGUCAGUAAAUAUGUGGCAACUGAAACCAUUGUGUGCAAAGCGGAGAAUACUUUCACUGAAAAGAUCGCUACUGCAACUGCAACGAUAGACGUUACAGAUGCUGACUGGUGUGGCUGUUAAAUCCUGAUCAUUUUCCUAAAAUAAAUAUAGAUGAUUUAUCUUGCAA